AUGGUGAGUAAGAAAAUAGCUAUAUUAUUCUGAUGAAGUGGAUAGGUGAAAUGUCAAAACAUCUGGGACACCUCGUAGUGUCUGUAGACGUGCGCGACGUCGCUACAGCAAGAGUGUAGCUAGCUAGCAAGUAGUAUUUGCUCGCUAACUAUACAAGUUUGGCAUAGGUAACUGCGGUGAACUAAAUCCAUAUGAAGUAAGUUAAUAUAUAGCUCAGUGAGUAAAUCACUGCUUUACCAGUACUAAUGCUACCGCAUCGCCUUUUACUUUUGUUACCAAACUCGAAGCUGUCUCCAAAACUGCAAGGUGUCUCUACAGUAAUGAACCUAGCUGUCAGAUGGAAUGUGCUUGCUGGCCAAAGUUAUACAAAAUGCUGCAAAGUCAUAUCGAAACGUGCAAACUACAGGUCAGGUGAAGUUGUAAGGACAAAACAUAAUUAUGUUUUAAUUAGCUAGCUUGAUUUCAAAGUUGAGAGACUGGGUGUAUGUAGCUAGUGAAAUUAGUUAAUCCCUCAAUUUUGCACUUCUGUGUUUAGCAGAGUAACAUUCUGUCCUAUCCAACAGACACCAAAUGUGAAAACUAAUAUUGUAGUUGUCUACAUACCAUUUCCUGUUAGGCUACCCAUCCCAGCCCCCCUCUGCUCUGCAUGGUCACAGAAGUGAAACCAUGACCAGACAGACACCUUCCUCUCCACAGAGAAUGUAUUGAGUAUGUCGUUGUCAAGUUCAUAGAAUAUAGGCUACAUUGAUCCAUGACAGGCAGACAAUGUGACUAUUCACUAACUCCACAUUUCUGUCUGUGUUUCAGGAGUCAACAGACAACAACAAUUCAGCCAUAUGGAAUUUUGUCCAGAAAAAUGCAGUGUGCACAUUCAUUUGUGUAGCUUAUUGUGAAGGUAGGCCUAUGUCACUGUAAAUAACAUCAUAACUCACACACGUCCAGAAGACUGAGAACGAGAGGAUUAUCUCUCUCCCAAAAAAUGCUAAUCAGGUCACCAUCCAUGAUUGUCCAACCCUGCUAAAAUCCACCACCACCUAGGUGAAGUAGAGUCAGGACUACAACAAGGCUGGACAAUCACGGGAGGCUUGACCCGGGUGUUGAUGUACACAGUGGGUAGGAACCCGACAGCACUGUCUUGACUGUAUACAGAGAGAGAGAAUCUCUGCCUGAUUCUCAGUUCUCUGGGCUAAACUGAGAACAGAAAAAUGGUCAUCUAUGGAUCGGAUCCAUGACAGACAUAAUGACAAUUCAACAACCUGCCUUUGUGUUUCAUGUGUCUUACAGGACUGAGGACUCCCGGUCUGUGUGACGCAGACCAAGGACAGAGGCUGAGCAAGCAGCAAUAUUGUAAUAUUGACAAAGUGUGGAUGAAAUUGUUUAAAAAAUAUAUAAUAUAAUGGGUCCAUGUUUUGUUCUGUUUAUCAUUCAAUGCCUGUUCUGAUAAUGUUUACAUAACCAACUACAAUUACAAGCUGAGCAAACAAUGGAAUGGAAAAUAAAUGAUUACAAUGUAUAGAAAGACCACAUGUUAAUUAUAGUCUACUCCUGCGCUCAGGGUACUAUCAUAUAUUGACUGCUGAGUGUUCCCAAUGUUACAAUAUGAGGGGGGCCACAUUGACAUUUCAAUUGUUAUGGGGGUCCUCAUGAGCACCACUGAAAUUAGAACUAUGUCUGUGCUCUAACAAGCCACCACUUCCUCCUCUCUUGGCUAUAACCUAGCUAUAUUACAUCAUACACAUUAUGUUACAGAAACACUGGUGUUGGCUAUAACCUAGCUAUAUUACAUUAUACACAUUCUGUUACAGAAACACUGGUGUUGGCUAUAACCUAGCUAUAUUACAUUAUACACAUUCUGUUACAGAAACACUGGUGUUGGCUAUAACCUAGCUAUAUUACAUCAUACACAUUAUGUUACAGAAACACUGGUGUUGGCUAUAACCUAGCUAUAUUACAUUAUACACAUUCUGUUACAGAAACACUGGUGUUGGCUAUAACCUAGCUAUAUUACAUUAUACACAUUCUGUUACAGAAACACUGGUGUUGGCUAUAACCUAGCUAUAUUACAUUAUACACAUUCUGUUACAGAAACACUGGUGUUAUUGUUUGGAGACUACAAGCUAACUAGUCAUUUUGUACUCAUACACACCAACAGUGUAAUAUCUGGAUGAAGAUUGAUAAUACUAAGUAAAUAAUAAGGAAAGUACAGUAGAAUUACAUGAUAUGUAUACAUUGUAAGAUGUUUAUUGAUAGGCAAUGCAUUUGGUACAGAGUAUGAUUUGACCAAGUGACAUCCUUAUUCUAACCAGCUCAUCAAAACAAUAUUCAAGAAGUUGGGCUAUUGUAUUAGUAGCUAGCUAUAUUGCUAUUAAAGUAUUGGUCCAUAUUCUAGCUAGUUUCCAACACUGAUAGUGUUGGACACUACAGCUAGGUCGUUUAGUUAGCCAGGUUGUACAGUGUCUUCAGAAAGUAUUCACACCCCUUGACCUUUUCCACAUUUAGUUGUGUUAUAGCCUGAAUUUAAAAUGGAUUGAAUGUAGAUUUUGUGUCACUGGCCUAUACACAGUACCCCAUAAUGUCAAAGUGGAAUUAUGUUUUUAGAGGUUUUUUUUUAAUUAAUAAAAAAUGAAAACCUGAAAUGUCUUGAGUCAACAAGUAUUCCACCUCUUUUGUUAUGGCAAGUCUAAAUAAGUUCAGGAGUAAAAAUGUGUUUAACAAGUCCCAUAAUAAGUUGCAUAGUCUCACUCUGUUUUUGAAUGACUACCUCAUCUCUGUACCCACACAUACAGUUAUCUGUAAGGUCCGUCAGUCAAGCAGUGAAUUUCAAACACAGAUUCAACCACAAAGACCAGGGAGGUUUUCCAAUGCCUCGCAAAGAAGGGCACCUAUUGGUAGAUAGGUAAAAAUGGAGUAUGGUGAAGCUAUUAUUUACACUUUGGAUGGCGUAUCAAUACACCCAUUCACUACAAAGAUACAGGCGUCCUUCCUAACUCAGUUGCCGGAGAGGAAGGAAACUGCUCAGGGAUUUCACCAUGUGGCCAAUGGUGACUUUAAAACAGUUACAAAGUUACUGUGAUAUGAUCAAACUGAGGAUGGCUCAACAACAUUGUAGUUACUCCACAAUAUUAACCUAAAUGACAGAGUGAAAAGAACGAAGCCUGUACACAAAAAUAUUCCAAAACAUGCGUAAUUAAAUACCGUCUAUCAAGUCACAACAAGGCCAACUUCAAAUGCCGAUAUCAAAAUUUAAAUAACCGGUGCAUUAACUGACCGCGGCGCGAAUGCAAACUGUCAGAUAAAUCCUAAAUAUAAUAAUGCAUUGAAAUAGACGGCAUAUAAUCAAAGGGAUAACUUAUCAUCAAGGACUCAUGUAAGUCAAACAAAAUCGACCAAACAAUGGCGAAAAUUACGAAGUACUAAAGGAACAUCUACACCUUCGCUCAUCUGAUAGCCUAUAGUGAAGCUCUGUGCUGAUUGGACAGCAUAAAAAAGUAAUAUAAUGAGUAAUAUCUAAUAUUACUUUCCAUGCAAAGUAAUAUUGUAACGUGAUUACUUUUGUUAAAUGUAACAAGUAAUAGAUUUCCUUUUUCAAGUAAUGAAUCCCAACACUGAUGCUGAUGACUCUCAACCAGUCAUGAUGCUCACAACUGGUCAUGCUCACUGGAGUCCUGCACUUGUUCUGGUCCAUGUCCACCCUUCUCCUGCCAGUGUUGUACUCAUAUGACUAUUCAGUCCUGGUACUAAUCUAUGCAUAUGUGUGUUUCUCCCCACCUGUCCCCAGGCGUUCAUCAGACCUACUCCACCCUUAGGAAGGUGUUCAACUUCAGUCCUGGUAUUAAUCAAUGUAUUUUUCUCUCCUCCUGUCCCCAGGCGUUCGGUCAGGCCUACUCCAACCAUAGGAAGGUGGCUGCAGAUGGAGAGAGCAGGGAGGAGUCACUGAUGCUGGAGUCAGCCAGUAAGGAGGCCCACUAUCAGCAGAUGGUCUUGGAGCUGCAGAAUGAGCUGCGGUUGGCCAGGACCGCCCUCACCAGCACCCAAUCAGAGAACGAGCGCCUGGCCGCCGUCGCCCUGGAAAUGAGAGAGGUGAGCUGGAAGGUGGUGGACCUGUCCAAAACAAACAUGGUCAAUGUGGAGAGGUCAAACCUCAAUGUGGAAAUACUCUUGUAUCUCACCAAUCUGACGAAGAGGACCAAAUAUUUUACUCAGUCAGUAAUGAUGACGUAAAACAGAGACAGUGGGACAGAGAGAGAAAGUCAGAGCUAAUGGGAUAGUGGGGCUGGAAGAGGUUUAAACUGGUAAUGAGUUUGUAAGGGGGAUUGGUUGGCCAGCUGGCACCAGUCACACUGAUGAUGUAAUAGUCCUCAGUGAGUGGCGUAAAGGAGGUCCUCCACUAGUAAGCACGCACACUCAAUGGCCUAGUCUGGUAACUGGAUCUUGGUCCUCCCUAAUUACUUCUGCCAAGAUCUCAUCUCAACACUGUUCCACUGGCAUACAGCCACAUAAGAUGCUGGGUGUUUCUCAGUAUGCAUACUAUUAUGCUGCGCACUCUCAUGCUCUGAGUGCAUUCUCAGAAGACGUUCUCUUGAGUACGUUCUUGUGUGGAGAACGCAUAAAAUAUUAAAUUUGAGAAGCACUCACGCUCCCCCUACUGUAUUACUUCACGCUGCACCUCCCCAUUCACUGAACCUUCUUCCAGCCAGGACAAUGGCAAUAGAGACGAAACAAGAUAUACACAAAGCAAACGUUUUACUUUAGAAUGAUCAGCUAGAUAUAUGUGAAUCGUAAUAAUCUAGCUAGCCAGCUAGUUUAACAGGCAAAUAUUACCUAAAAACUAAUGUUAUGUAAGGUAGAUGACUAGCUGUCAAUUCUUCGUGGGUAGCUAGCUACCAAUUCUUCAUGGCUAGCUAGCUAGCCAGUUAGCCCUAUUGACUUACCAUGGGCUUGCGAUCUACAGUGGGUAGUGGAGGCAGGUAAACAUGCCAAAAUUAACACAGUAUGUAUUUAUUAACGUAUCAAGAUAAAAUAUUUUAGUCACACAACAUAUGAGAUGUUAAUGGGCAACAUUUUAUUCCUAAAUCAGUUUAUUUUAUCUCCCUUCAGCUACAAUAAUGGCUGGCAUUGAUUUCAAUACAUUUUGUGUAGUUUUUUUCAUGGUUGAGUCAUAUUUCUAUGCAUACUUUCCAUUGAAGCUCGCAAUGAUGCAUACUUCAAAAUAUGUACAAACAGAGUACGCAUCCAAGAAGUGCCCUCUGUGCUCCAUUUCGCACACUUGGAUACUUCGGAGUAUGCAUAUUGAGAAACACCCGCUGCUUUGACAAUACAGUACAACCAUGGAGUGCAUUCUGAUCAAAUCCACACGUCCUUGUAUCGUACUCUGACAUGACUUUUUCCUCUUUCGCUUCUUCUCUCACCCAUUUCUUCCCUGUGUCUGUAGAGCUCUGAGCUGGUGGAGUUGCAGCGCACCCAACUGCAUGAUGACAUCAGAGAGUAUAAAGUGCGGGAGGCACGUCUGCUGCAGGACUACAGUGAGCUGGAGGAUGAGAACAUCUCUCUGCAGAAACAGGUGUCCCUGCUCCGACAGAGCCAGGUGAGAGGAAGGGACCAGGGCUGCAGCAGGGGACGGGGAGCAUACAUUUAACAUUUUAGUCAUUUAGCCGACGCUCUUAUCCAGAGCGAUUAGGGUUAUGUGCCUUGGUCAAGGGAACAUCUACAGAUUUUUCACCUAGUCGGCUCGGGGAUUCGAUCCAGCGUCCUUUCGGUUACUGACGCUCUUAACCACUAGACUACCUGCCGCCUAGGAUAGUCCGCUGGGGCAGGGGACGAAAUGGGCGCUGUUGGGUAUGGAGAUGAGGGGAGGAUGAGGGCUUAUUGUGGGUAAUGGGUAAAGGUAAAGGUUGUAGAGUUAUAGAGACUGGCCAAUACACUUCAGAUGUUUGGGUGAAAAAGUGACAAGGCUCGAUAGUCGAAAGCCAGGGCCAAUGAAUGAGGCUAUUGAUACAAGGACCAACUUGAGGGGAUGAGACAAAAAUAUGCUUUUGAGUGUAAGGGGGAUUCUCCCUAUUUAGUUAGUGAUUCCUCUGAUGUGCCGUGGCUUCUCUGUGAUCUCUAGGUGGAGUUUGAGGGUCUGAAGCAUGAGAUCCGUUGCCUGGAGGAAGACUCCCAGUGCCUCCACAGCCAGCUGGAGGAGGCCAUGCGCCUGAGGGAGAUCGCUGAGCGCCAGCUGACCGAGGCUCUGGAGACCAUUAAGACUGAGCGCGAGCACAAGGCCGCCCUGCGUAAAGAACUGUCCCACUACAUGACCAUUGGGGACAACCUGUUACCAUACCACCACAGUUCCCUCAACAUCUCCCUGGACGGACUCAAGUUCAGCGAGGAUCCCACUGCUGCCACCAACGAGCCCAACAACGAUGCCUCGUUCCGCGGCUACGAGAACGGCCUGGCCAAGAUGGCCGCCGACGGCAACGAGGAUAACAAAGCCAAACUCCGGCCCGCCCCCAGCCUAGUGGAUGACCUGCUGAGUGAACUCAACAUCUCAGAGAUCCAGAAACUCAAGCAGCAGCUCAUGCAGGUAAGAUGACCACAUAGUAGCUUUAGCAGGCAGAACUGUAGAAAUGGUUAGCCUGUUUGCUUUAUUCACAGUCACCCUGUCAAGGUGUCAACGUCCCUGGUAAAGCAAUAAAGUAAUACUUAGCCUUAUUGAGCUGUGUUUGUAAGUGUUGCCUGGAAAAUAGAUAGGCUUACAUCGCUUCUGCAGCUGUGAACAGUCCUCUGCCUUAUGGCUUGAAAGUCCAUUAAGCAUUUUGGAACACAGUGUUCAUCCAUUUAGGGAUAUUGAUUACCUAUACUGACCUUAGUGACCUAGUCAAAGACUAAUCAAUGGAGCCCUAUGUGGGACUUCAUGGGCUACAUGGAAUGACUAGGCUACUUCUCUUAUACACGCACUGUUGACUUGCUGGUGAAUAAAUACUGUGUGAAAUUCUUGAGUGACAGUGUCUCACACUACAGUAUCUCACACCACAUAUGGCGUUUUGGAUUACACUUCAUUUAGAGCCAACUAUUUACCUGGUAUUUACAUAGGAAAAAAAGAAGAAGAAAAAAGAAAAACAUAUGUAAAUAUAUAAUUGUUACUUAAUUUCUCAAUCAAUACUAAUAAACACCAAGCUGAAAUAGGACUGUAACAUAAAGUGUUGCAGACAUUUCUCAGUGCUGUUAUGUGACUGUGUCCCAUGUCUGUGUUCUCCAGGUGGAGCGAGAGAAGGUGGCGCUCCUCUCCUCUCUGCAGGAGGCCCAGAAGCAGCUGGAGGUGGCCCACGGGACUCUGUCAGAGCAGCAGGAGACGGUGGGACGCCUCACCGAGAACCUCAGUGCCAUGAGGAAACUCCAGGCCAGCAAGGAGCGCCACUCGGCCCUGGACAGCGAGAAAGAGCGAGACAGCCACGAUGACGGUGACGGGGACUACUACGAGUUGGACAUCAACGGGCCUGAGAUCCUGCAGUGUAAGUACACCGUCGCUGUGUCAGAAGCCGGGGAGCUCAGACAGGAGCUGAAGACUCUUAAAGCCGAGUACCAGUCAUGCCGGAGCCAGUACGAAGAAGAGCGAGUCCGCCUGGAGAGCGAUGUGGCAGGGCUGAGCGAAAAGCUGGCCUUCCUAGAGAAGAGCAGCCGGGCGGAGCACGAGGAGGUGGCGAGGCUGGAGAAGGAGCUGCGGCGAGUGAGUGAAGCGGUUGGCGAGUCGCAGGGAAGCCUGAACGUGGCGCAGGACGAACUGGUGACGUUCAGCGAGGAGCUGGCCAACCUCUAUAACCAUGUGUGCAUGUGCAACAACGAGACGCCCAACCGGGUCAUGCUCGACUACUACAAGGAGGGCAAGGCCAGUAUAGGGGGCAGAGGCGGCCGACAGGGGAAGGGGCAACAUCUGUCCCAUGUUCUGCUCUCCAAUGGGCUGGUUCCUGAAACUGAACCAAGUAAAUCUGAACCAAGUGACCCAGCCACCCCAGUCCCAGCCCCAAUCCCAGAGUCCCGUUCAGAGCCCAUGAACAUCUAUAACCUAGUUGCCAUCAUCAGGGACCAGAUCCGUCACCUGCAGCAGGCGGUGGACCGCACCACAGAGCUGAGCCGCCAGAGGAUGGCCUCCAUGGAGCUGGGUACUGUGACCGAUAAGGACAAGGAGGCCUGCAUGGGGGAAAUCCUCAAACUCAAGUCUCUGCUCAGCACCAAGAGAGAGCAGAUCGCCACCCUGAGGACCGUGCUCAAGGCCAAUAAACAGGUGUGUGCAUGUGUGAAUUUUCUGAAAAACAUGAGCAGUUGAUACUGUUUAAAAGUGGAGGUGAUACGGUAUGAAAUUAACAGUAGUUGAGAGUAUUUACUUUUUGUGUAGAAGUUCAGAGUUAAUAUUAGCAUAAGGUCAUACUAAUCCUGUGACUGUGACCCCCGCCCUCCAUUCUAAUAAAAUGGACAAUAAAGUAUUCUACUCUACUCUACUCUACUCUGUAGACGGCUGAGGUGGCGCUGGCCAACCUGAAGAGUAAAUAUGACAAUGAGAAGACCAUGGUGACCGAGACCAUAUUGAAGCUCCGCAACGAGCUCAAGGGCCUGAAAGAGGACGCUGCCACCUUCACCUCACUACGGGCCAUGUUCGCUACAAGGUAAGGCUUAGUAGAGAUACGCUAAGAGCUUAUCGGUACGUGUAAGUUAUGAGAAGUCUGCUCUUAAAUGUAAUGUCAAAAUGUCGAUUCCAACCUAAAUACACAUACCCAAAAGUUUUUCCAAUUCAACUAAUGUGGGGGAAUAGGGCUUUAAAUUAUUUAAAUACUUUCCAUGUAAUAUAUAAUAUUUCACCUUUCUUAUAACUGUAAAAUAAAUAUGAUCAUACUGGCACAAUUUCAUAUAACUGACGACAGAGCAUUUUCUGCCCAGCUUCCUCUGAGAGACUCAGAGACGCCAUUCAAAUGCCUGCUGACUCGUUACAACUUCAGCUUUAUGCACAAAGUGAUUUCGCCCCUCUGUGACCAAGAGGAAGUGGUCUUGUUUCAAUUAUGUUAAAUUAUAUAGUAUUCUUUCAUGUUGAGAGCUCUAAAUUCAUCUGAAAACAUCACAGUGAGAUGACUCAUUUUCCUGCAAUCGCUAGGGUCUCCCGUUUCAUAUGCCGUAUCGCAUGCAGGGUUCCCCAUUUUAUUUGCCGCCGCCCCCCCAAUUGUUCUGAGCCCACCCCCCCCCCCCCAAAAAAACAAGAUUUAAAAAACUAAUGUUGGACAUAAAUGACUGUAAAAACACCAGCAAAUCAGCUCCAAGUGAUUUUAAUUUUGGAAAUCUGUUCCAAAGUAUUACCACGCAUAAUAUAUAUAUAUAUAUAUAUAUAUAUAUAUAUAUAUAUAUAUAUAUAUAUAUACUGUAUGUAAUUGUAUACAAAUGUAAGCAAGGUUUGAAGUGAUUAUGUUUUAGUCAUCUGUUUGGGCUUCUUUCGGUCAAUUUGCAGUCUAUAAAUUAUUUGUAAUUAUGUUCCGGCCCCCUGACCAUCCGCUCAAGAAAAAAUCGGUCUGCAGUUGAUGAUCCCUGCCGUAUUGUAAGUGGAGCUGCGAGGUUCACAGGCAGAGUAAAUCGGCCAGAAAAUGUGACGUGUUGCUUCCUAUGCAAAUGUACGUUUAACCUACUGCAUCUCAGAUAAGAGCGGAGAGCGGCAUGUGAAAAGGGACAACCGGAGUGUUCACAGCAAUUGAUGUUGAACGGUUCAGAGCACUCUGUACACAGAUGUCAGUCGGAACCGGUCCUGAACCGCUCAAAAAGGUUUUUAGGUUUAAGAGGUUUUUAAUACACUAAGAAAUGAGGCACUUUUGGCACCUUAAUCAAUAUGGUAAAUGUUGAGUUGAGAAUAUCAUCAUAUACAAACAAGGGGUAGGUCUACAAAUUAAUUGUAUGUACUGAAUUGGAAUUCAGUACAAAUAAAUAGUUUUAAUCAGAAAUUCUGAAUUGUAAUUUUUUACCAAGGUUAAAACUAUAAUUAAAACACAAAUUAAAACCUAUUUUAUAUCUCUAUUAUAGUGAGCUAUUAUUCCAUAUGAUCCAUUUCCUGCCUCUUGAACUACUUAGAAAAUCAAAGCGAAAAAGAACAGCACAGAUUGGUCCCUUUUAGCUAGAUGUGCGAGCGGCACCAAUGAGCUCAGGGCCGGCGCCAGAACAAAUCAGUUGUACAGGCAUUUGAUUUCCAUAGGGGGGCACGUUAAUAUAUUUAUUUAUUAUUAUAGGUGUAAAGACCAUGGGCGGGACUUAAGUUUCAAGUUCGGGGAAGCUUACAAUUUAUACUACCAUUUCUAAUGAUCUGCGUGCCAGUUAUGAUUAUUUUUAUAUGCACAUUUUCGUGGAACAGUUUUGUUCAACAAUAACGUCAAAAUUAUUGGCAUGUUGUUAAUCAUAAAAAUCUGAAUUAAAAUGAUAAAAUGUCAAACUAAUGCGAGAGCACCAGCCUGAUCCACCGUGAUCCAUUGGCAGCAAAAAAAAUUUUUGCAUGUAACUCAGAGGUAGCCUAUCGCCAAUGUAGCAGUAGGCCUAUAACUUCCAUCAUCAACAAGUAAAAUACAUAAGCCUAAAGCCGACAAAUGAAAACAGUAGAAAAUAUCCUGAUGAAAAUUCAGGUUCUUUCAUUCGCAUUCAUCUCUCUACUCCGCGUGUCUGCUUUCCUUUCUAUCUGACUUGACUUGAUUUAUCGCUAGUGAAGUGCAACCUAUCAAAUCAAUCAACUUGGUACGAAGCUGUCUCUAGCAAACUUGCAACAUUGUAUUAACUAGCCUAUUACGGGCCCUCAGAGUUUCCCUCGCCAGUGAGCUUGGGACGGACAACUGUUUUUUCAUCUUUCCACUUAAUAUAUGGGAUCAUCAGAUCAUUAUAUUUUGCUCUUUUACACCGAAGCUUGGUGAUUAUCGAGGCCGGGAGAGUGUUUGAAAGAUUUUUCAAAUACUGUGAGGAACUAUUAUCAUUCGCAAUGGCUGUUGAAAAAAAACGACGUUGUUGACUUACUGUGUGAGGUGAAGAAAAAAUGACUGAGGAGCUCAGCGUAUUAGUGCUGGACGUGGGGAGUUAAGACAAUCAAAAACCAGACAUCCCCAAAUUGGCAAUUUCCUACAUUUGCACCCAGCAGGCCAGGUACUUCUAUGCGUGCUCAGGCAUGCGCGUUCCCUCAACAUGAUCAGGAAAGAGAAACCAGACACAUGCUGACAUGGAGCACUCCAAACAAAAGACAAUGGAAAAAUUUUCUAAACUCGUAAAUGAUGCUUAUGAAAUAAACCAAAACUUGUUUCUCACAAGUGUAGCAGGUUUUGAACUCUACAAACAACGUUCCCACUCUGAGAAUGAGAACGGUAAAUUACUAAUUAAUACAUGCAUUAACAUCAAUUAUUGUAACUAAAUGAUGGGGAUUAAUGGGACAUUUACUAGGCCUACUGGUAACAUAUGUAAUGGGGAGUUGAUACAAAAAACAAUCAAAGGGCAAACAAUUCACACAAUUAAACAAUGAAUGCGCAAGAAUUGGCAGGAGACAGCUGAGAGCAUUCUGGAGAGAGACGCGCCAUAUCUUUGCCACACGCCCCUCCCCUUCUUCUUGUCUCAACAUUUUAAAUUAUACUCAAGACACAUUAUCUUCACACAUAUUUUAGAUGCUUUUCACUGACAGCCGCAACUCAACAAUCAGCUAGGCCUGUUGCCACGCUCACUGCCCAAAUUGCGGGCUUCCCAACUAGGCAUAUAGGCCUACACGCUUUGGAUUUGAAACAAUCCACAUCUAUUUUUUAAAAUAAGCUAAUGAUCCUCUAUGACUAAGUCAUGCUCCCUGGUGAAGUAUUUUGAAUGAUUUUAUUUAAACAGGAGUAAUUCUAUAAUUUUGGCAAAACAUCAGUUUACUUUAGGUGGAAGCCAGCAUCCGACUGUGCACCCGCCAACUUACCUUUCCCAAUUCGUGUGGCUGAAACCAGAGAUCUGUAUAAAAUGAUGAGAUGCUUAUGUCUCCACCCUAACAAUGGGAGUUGUUUUCCCAAAGGCGGGAAGGCAGGCGACAAACUUAGGUAUGCAUAUUAAGCCCAUAGAAACGCAUUGGACUUAUUCUGGACAGAUUUUGGCCAGAGUGGGCCCUCUCGCUUCGCCUCUUCCUCUUUGCUGAAACUAUCUCACCGAAGAAUGCAUACGAGCGAAACAGCGCCCUUCUGUCUUACUAUGUAGCCCAUGUAUCUGAUGCUGUCUGGACAGAAAUAGUAUGACAUGCCAUACUCUUUUUUUUUUGGGUGGGUCCGGAAAGCAUCAGAUACAUGGUCUACAUACAGUGCCUUUGGAAAGUAUUCAGACCCCUUGACUUUUUCCACAUUUUGUUACGUUACAGCCUUGUUCUAAAAUGGAUUAAAUGUUUUUUUCCCCCUCAUCAAUCUACACACAAUACCCUAUAAUGAUAAAGCAAAAAACAUUUGUUUGAAAUUUUUGCUAAUUUAUUAAAAAUAAGAAACUGAAAUAUCACAUUUACAUAAGUAUUCAGACCCUUUACUCGGUACUUUGUUGGCACACCUGUAUUCUUCUCUGCUGAUCCUCUCAAGCUCUGUCAGGUUGGAUGGGGAGCAUCGCUGCACAGCUAUUUUCAGGUCUCUCCAGAGAUGUUCGAUCGGGUUCAAGUCCAGGGCUCUGGCUGGGCCACUCAACGACAUUCAGAGAUUUGUCCCGAAGCCACUCCUGCGUGGUCUUGGCUGUGUGCUUAGGGUUGUUGUCCUGUUGGAAGGUGAACUUUCACACCAGUCUGAGGUCCUGAGCGCUCUGGAGCAGGUUUUCAUCAAGGAUCUCUCUGUACUUUGCUCCGUUCAUCUUUGCCUCAAUCCUGACUAGUCUCCCAGUCCUUGCUAAUGAAAAACAUCCCCACAGCAUGAUGCUGCCAGGUUUCCUCCAGAUGUGAAGCUUGGCAUUCAGGCCAAAAAGUUCAAUCUUGGUUUCAUCAGACCAAAUAAUCUUGUUUCUCAUGGUCUGAGUGCCUUUUUGCAAACUCCAAGCGGGCUGUCAUGUGCCUUUUACUGAAGAAUGGCUUUCGUCUGGCCUCUACCAUAAAGGCCUAAUUGGUGAAGUGCUGCAGAGAUGGUUGUCCUUCUGGAAGGUUCUCCCAUCUCCACAGAUGUCACCUCCCUGACCAAGGCCCUUCUCCCCAUAUUGCUCAGUUUGGCCAGGCGGCCAGCUCUAGGAAGAGUCUUGGUGGUUCCAAACUUCUUCCAUUUAAGAAUGUUGGAGGCCACUGUGUUCUUGGGGACCUUCAAUGCUUCAGAAAUGUUUUGCUACCCUUCCCCAGAUCUGUGUCUCGACACAAUCCUGUCUCUGGAGCUCUACAGACAAUUCCUUCGACCUCAUGGCUUGGUUUUUGCUCUGACAUGCACUGUCAACUGUGGGACCUGUCAAGGUGUGUGCCUUUCCAAAUCAUGUCCAAUCAAUUGAAUUUACCACAGGUGGACUCCAAUCAAGUUGUAGAAACAUCUCAAGGAUACAUCUGAGCUCAAUUUCGAGUUUCAUAGCAAAGGGUCUGAAUACUUAUGUAAAUAACGUAUUUCUGUUUUUUAUUUGUAAUAAAUUAGCAAACAUUUCUCAACCUGUUUUCGCUUUGUCAUUAUGUGGUAUUGUGUGUAGAUUGCUGAGGAUUUUUUUUAUUUAACCCAUUUUAGAAAAAGUCAAGGGGUCUGAAUACUUUCCGAAGGCACUGAGACAGAGGGGCGCUGUUUCACUCGCUCGGAUGCUUUAUCUGAGAUGAAUGCGUCUUUCUGUCGGCGCACAUCUCGGUCAAAUAAAUUAUCUAUAUUUCUAUAUUUUAUUUGGAAGGGCAAGGAGGUACAGUAGGCGGUACCAGGCUCCCUAAGACCCGCCCAUAAUGCCGGCCUGAAUGAGCUUCUAGGUUGUUGAGGAGUGAGGAGCUGUGUUUCUGCCAGAGGCUGCAUGCAAAAAUGGUGGAUAAAUGGAGAUGGUUCACUCAGGCAGUUUACCAAUGAAAAAAAUGGUCAGUUCCGGUCUGCUUAACUGGGGUGUUUCUCCCAUAGACACCAAUGCAAUAGCAGCUGGGUCUGGUCUACUUAGUUCAUUGACUUUCAUCGAACCAGAAAAAAACAACUUUAAAAAAGGCGAGUGGAGUGUCUCGCUUCCUCUUCCGUCUCUGCUGCAUGUGUGUGGAAGAGACAGGGCAUUGUGGGAGCUGUCUGAUGUAAUACUGAGGCGAUUCAGAGGCUGCUGGCAAGCUCCUCCUGACAGCAUCUGGAUAAUGCGGCUCUGUGAGUCUGAAUGGAGAAAACAUGCACUGACUUGUUAGCAGGAAUAGAUGUGCUCCAUCUGGUGGGGAAAGUUAUAAGUUCCUUAUUGGGUUUUCAUUUGACUAAUAUUAUCCCUUUUUCUCUUGCCCUCUCUCUUCCUCGCUUUCCCUCCGCUCUCUCUCUCUCUCCAUCUCCACCCUCUUUCUCUCUUUCCCCUCUCUUCCCUUCCCCUCUCUCUCCCUGCCCCCCACCUCUCUCACCCUCUCAGGUGUGAUGAGUAUGUGACCCAGCUUGAUGACAUGCAGAGGCAGCUGGCUGCAGCGGAGGACGAGAAGAAGACCCUGAACUCCCUGCUCCGCAUGGCCAUCCAGCAGAAGCUGGCCCUGACCCAACGUCUGGAGGACCUGGAGUUCGACCAUGAGCAGGCGCGCCGCGGCGGGGGAGCGGCGGCGAGCGGGCGGGUCAGAACCUCCUCGUCGUCACGGGGCAAAGGGACCUCGGCCACUCAUCACGUAAGUCAGAGACGCUGCUGCAGGGUCCUCCCCGUGCCCAGCGGCAUCCUGGGAGGCCCUGUGGUCCUCUGCAGCGAGAAGUACAAGAUCUACUGUGACAUUUGA